CUCUCUCUUUCUCUCUCGCACGUUUGGUACUGCGUUACUGCGAUUGGCCGGUAAGUAGCGGACUGACGGUCGUUGUCGUCCGGCUCGUUUCGAUGACGCGUACGUCGUGCGCGUAAUAAGUGUACACACACAGACGAAAACUGUUUGGCAAAUUUCCCAGGGCGACAUCUUGUCCGUCGUCCUUCUCCACGCAAUUUCCUCGUUGUUUCGUGCAUCGUACGGCUUUUUUUUUUCUCACAAGAGAAACGACCGUUCGUGCUUUUGAUUCGCGCAGUAUCGAUUCGCCAGGCGACUGGUUUACAACCGGCGUGCACACUGCGUUAUAGCACCCACGCUGACAGUGAAGCUCCGACUGCAGACGCGUGUGUAGUAAAAUCCAGUGACCAGCGACACCGAGCUACGCACACGGAAGAGGAACGGCUAUCAACAUCUCGAUGGUGAAGCUGCGCAAAGUGUCGGCGGCAGGGAGAAAUUACCUUGCCGUUUUCGGUUACUCCACGUUCAAAGGCUGCCAAAGAAAACGUCUCUUACGUGCAAAAGCGUUGAAAAAGAUGCUAACACCGGGACGGUCGGAACCAAUCAGUCCCGAUGAGAUCGGCAAUGGACCUGACACGAAGGAUCCCGGAGCAACAGAAAAUGGCUCAGGGACGUACGUGCGUGGUGCACGGGCCCCAGGUUCGUACGAGGGCGACGACAGGGCAAAAGAGUUCCUUUCGACCGGGAGAACCGGAAGAAGGAACGCUUUGACGCAAAUCUUGGGCUGCCACGCUAAAACUGGAAUGCUGGAUUUGCCGGAUCGUUUCGAAAAGCUUUCGAUGGAGACAGUUGCAGGUCAAUCGAGCAAUGGCGGGCAAGAGCCGAGUUCGCCGGGCACCUCGAAACAACAGGGUUGACAUAUCCCUGAUUUCCUUUUUAUGAAUCAGUCGCAACAUCGACGGAACAUACCAUUGAUGUAGAACGCAACAGCAACAAAAAAAAAAGCCUCGUUCGAAGUUCCGUGCGAAAAAGAAGUUACUGAAACACGUGCAUCAUCGGAGCUGUCAUUUAGGUUUCAAACUUUGCGCGCGUCACUUAUUACGCCAUGUUGGCGCAUGCGCAGUGUGGUCGCUCCCUGACAUUCGGCUACACAAGCGCGCCAGUGUAAGCUGUCAAGCAUGCUUUGACACGUGUAUCGAGUACGUUAUAGAAAAUGAGUUAUCGCAGCUCGUAGUUAGUCACGAACAGAAACGUAAAUACAAUAUGCAUUGAAACGCGCUCAAUAGUAUCAAGUUUGAUAUUAAAGCAGUACUAUCGAAGACAAUUUAGCAACUUUUGCAACACGUCGUUAAGUACGUGUCGAUUGCUCGAGUUCCGCAGGAUGAGAAUACAUUUGGCUGUCUCACGGAAUGAAUCUCUCAUGCCGACGUCAUGAAUGUUGUAUACAGAUUAGAUUGCAGCGUGUUUGUAUACGUGUGUAAGCUGAUGGACAUCCUAUGAACUGUGAAUACGAUUAAUAGAGAUAAGUAUGACUCUUAAAAAGAUAACGAGUACGCAUUGCGUUUAGGAGUACUCGUUUACCUGUGAAAUCUUUUUGCAUAAGUUCUCGAUAUUAUCUUUUUUUCUUUCUCAUUGAAACAAAUUCUUGGUUGAGAAUUCUGAUUUAUUUUUUGCUUUGUCUCUGCUGAUGUCUUUUUUUUUUUUUAAUAUGUCUUUGUAUUUAUAUAUCAUUGAAAAGUAUGAUUAGAAGGAUAUUGAAAAUUAUUUGAUAAUGUUAUAUUUUAUUUCUCACAGUUAUUGAAUACAGUUUGAUGUAACUGGGUUGUUCAAGAAGUUCGUAGCAAAAUUCUCGUAGAUAACUAUAGAAUAACAUGUCUCGUAAUGUGAAUUGUAGACUAAAUUAUUUAUUAUUAAUAUUAUAUAUAUUAUGUUAUUAAUAUCUAUAAAUAAAUAACAAUAAAUAUUUC